GAUUUCUCCUGCGCGCACGGAGCGUGGCCUGCUCCAUGAAGUGUUGGAAAGACUUCCCGCCCAGCUUGCCAAAGGAGUUUCUACCAGUGUGCCCCAGGAUGGAGGAGUUGCAGAACGCCUGCCUCUUCCGUCUAAGGAGUGGGGUCUGCUGACCUGUCGAGAGGAAGCGGAGGACCCUCUGCCUGCUAGGACAAUGAAGGAAGUCGUCUGCUGGUCACCCCAAACGGUGACAGACUGGCUGCUGGAGAAUGCCAUGCCCGAAUACUGUGAGCCCCUGGGCCAUUACACGGGCCAAGACUUGAUCAACCUCACCCAGGAGGAUUUCACCAAGCCCCCUCUCUCCCGAGUCUCCUCCGACAAUGGGCAGCGGUUACUGGACAUGAUUGAAACCCUGAAAAUGGAGCACCACCUGGAGGCCCACAAGAACGGGCACGCCAACGGGCACCUGAGCAUCAGCGCUGACAUCCUGGUGCCCGACAGUGGCUUCCUCAGCAAGGCCAAACACAACGGCGUGCCCAAUGGCUACCAGGGGGGUUUGGAAAUGAUCCAGAUCCCCAUGCCCGAACCCGAGCGCUCCCAGUACCCCCGGGAGUGGGGGAAGACUCUGCUGGCUUUUCUGUAUGCCCUCUGCUGCUUUGUGCUCACCACGGUGACGAUCUCGUUCGUCCAUGAGCGAGUGCCUCCCAAGGAGACGCAGGCACCCCUGCCGGAUACCUUUUUGGACCAUUUUAACCGGGUGCAGUGGGCCUUUUCUAUUUGUGAAAUCAACGGUUUGGUCCUUGUAGGCCUCUGGUUCAUUCAGUGGCUGCUCUUAAAAUACAAGUCCAUCAUUAGCCGAAGAUUUUUCUUCUUAGUUGGCACGCUGUACCUGUACCGGUGUAUCACCAUGUAUGUAACCACCCUCCCAGUACCCAGCAUGCAUUUCAACUGUUCUCCGAAGCUUUUUGGAGACUGGGAAGCUCACCUACGGAGGAUCAUGAAGCUGAUAGCUGGGGGUGGCCUGUCCAUCACAGGCUCCCACAAAAUGUGUGGAGACUAUCUCUACAGUGGCCAUACAGUCAUGUUAACCAUGACUUACUUAUUUAUCAAAGAGUAUUCCCCUCGGCGCCUCUGGUGGUACCACUGGUUCUGCUGGAUUCUCAGCUUCUCCGGGGUCUUCUGUAUCCUCUUGGCACAUGAACACUACACUGUGGAUGUCGUCGUGGCUUACUACAUCACUACCAGACUUUUCUGGUGGUAUCACACAAUGGCGAAUCAGCAAGUGCUAAAAGAAGCUUCCCAAAUGAACCUCCUGGCGAGAGUAUGGUGGUAUAAGCCCUUCCAGUACUUUGAAAAGAAUGUCCAAGGAAUUGUACCUCGAUCUUAUCACUGGCCUUUCCCCUGGCCUGCGGUCCACCUCAGUAGACAAGUCAAAUACAGUCGCUUGGUGAAUGAUACAUAACAGCUGUUCAAAGUUGAGGAAGAGGAGCUGUCCAAAGUACUAAGGACUCCAAUGAGAGAAAUCGCCAUAAAAUCAAGCCUCCCUAAUCCUUUGAUCUUUCAACAGUUACCUUGACUUAACCUAGUGAGUUACCUGGUCAGCACUGUGAUCUUUUUUUUUCUCUCCAAAGGACCUGCGUUGGACAACAAUAAAGAGAACUUAACUUAUCAUGCACUGUAUGCAUUUCUCGUUGAUAGGUUGGGGAUUUACAUGACCCAUGACCAUGCUCCUUUGUAUCUGAUGCGGCAGCAUAAACAUAAGCUUUUAUAUCCUCAGUUCUGGUCUUUCCAGCCCCGCCUGGAAAUAAAGCGUAUUAUUUUCUUGGGAAAACAUACUUUUCAUAUCUCUUUGCCCCAAAGAUUGGGCUGUAAGCCAUUUUCUAGCAAACGUCUAUAUGAAGGUUUCUAAGCACCUGAACGGAAUUCCAUUCAGAGCUCUUUCUACCUGUUGCGCUGAUAGUCAAGUGAAAAAACAAAAAAAGGUAGAUGCGGAAAGGUUUGGUAACUUUUGAUUUUGUAACAAUCAGCAGUGAUGGUGUCAAAAAAAAGUGCAAAAAAAAAAACAAACCACAGAUUCUGUUGUAAAGUGAUUUUCUAAGUAUUUCCUAACUUUAUUUUUCAAAAUGACUAUGAAAUCUAAAUUUAAAGAUUUUUACAUGUCAGAGAGAGGAGAGUGAAUACUUAAAAGUGCUUCUUGGCAGAAAGAUUUGUCCAUGUUUCUAGUGCCUUUCUUGUCUUGAUUGUAUGGUCAGUAGGCGAUCUUAAAUGUUUUUAUUUGAAAUAAAAGUAUUCCACAAAGCCACAAUGAUCUGUAUACAUGACUCAAUAUUGCAUCUCUAGCUAAAAUGAAUCAAAGUCUCCUUCUGGUGAGGAAAUUGCUAUGUAUUGAAGAGUAGGGAGGGGACACAUUCUCCUGUCUGUGCCUGUUCGCCUACUUUGACCAGGUGACAGGGAUGUAUCUCCCUUGAAUUCUUUUAUUGUCUCUUUGGUAGCUGGAUUUUAAAGAGUCCAUAAGAACAGCCAUGAAUCCAUUCCCUUUUUCUAGAAAGGGGUUACAAAUGAUCUCGAUUGAAAACUUGAACAUCGAAAAUCAGUAUGCCCCUCCUCCUGAUCAUGCAGUUGGCCAAAUAACAGCGACAAUGACAAAAAGAACGAGAGGUGUGUUUCUUUAAGAUAUACUUGUGCAGAAACUGCAUGUAAUUCCAAGUCUCACUCCGGCCAGACACUGGUUUGGGGAGGUAUUCUAUCCUGUCCUUGCCAACGUGCAGAACAAACUAGUUUUUUAAGAAUGAAGAAGUCUAUAUAUCCAUUCUGUAUUUUACGUGCAGCAGAAUUCUCUUCUGUAGGGUUUUUUUUGUGUAUUCACAAGGUGAUAUUUGUAUUGUAAAACAAUAAUGGUGAAGGAAAUAAAGGCUUUUAAAAAAACAA